AUGGGCUUAUCACGAGAUUUUCAAGUUUCCAAUGUAGGUGUGAAAUCACAAAUGCAGAUGGUUGAGCAAAGACAAAUUCUUAGAAUGCUGGAGAAAUCUCUUGCAAGAGAGCUAGAUCUUGAGAAAAAGUUAACAAAAUCUAAAGAAAAUGAGGAAGAUUUAAAAUUAAAGCUACGCCUAACAGAACAAGUAACUUUCUGCAUGGAAGAGGCGGCAGAAGUUGUUUGGGGUAGGUUUUUAGAAUCGGAUAAUGCAGCAGAGGUGCUUUUGGGAAUUUCAAAGGGACUGGUGGGCCGACUUCAAGUUGUUCAAUUCAAUCUAAAUGGUUCAGCCCAACGAGAAGAGCAGAUGAAAUCUAGACUCCAAGAAUGCAUAGAACAGUUGAAAGCUAAAGAAACUAUUGUACAAAAGCUCAAUAGCAGCAAUGCACAACUUAUUGCUGAUAAUUCUGAAGUAUCUGCUUUGAAGGAAAAAGUUACAUUGCUUGAAGCACAACUGAGAGAAUCUGAAUCCCAGCUGAAGAAAGCCAAUGGAGUCAUUGAAGUGACUCAAGAUCAACUUAGAGAAAUGGACAGUGUAAUUGAGUCCCUGAAAGAAAAUAUUUAUGCCACAGAAAGUAGGGCCGAAAGUGCAGAAGCCAAAAUUGUGCAGUUAACAGAGACAAACUUGGAACUAACAGAAGAGCUGGGUUUUCUUAAAGGUAAUAAUGAUAGCAGCACAGAGAAGGUGAGCUUACUAGAGAAGCAAUUGAGGGAAUUAGAACCACAACUACAACAUGCAAGGGCUUCCUCUGAAGCAAGUCAAGAGCAGCAGAACUUGUUGUAUUCUGCAAUUUGGGAUAUGGAAACUCUGAUUGAUGAACUGAAACAAAAGGUUUCGAAAGCUGAAAGUAAGUGUGAGAAUGCAGAGGAGCAAUGCCUUAUAUUGUCUGAAACUAACUUAGACCUUAACAAAGAACUAGAUUUUCUGAGGUCCAGAAUGGAAUGCUUGGAGACAUCACUCAAUCAAGUUAAGAAUGAUAAACUAUCAAGGGUGAACGACAUUACUGUUAAAACCAAUCUAAUUAUGGACAUGAUCAUGCAACUAGCCACGGAAAGGGAGCGCAUACAGAAGCAGUUAUAUUCUUUAAGAGAGGAAAACAAAAUUUUGAGGGUGAAGUUACAGAGAACAAUGAAGGACGCAUCUGUAAGAAUACAUGACAAUGGAGGCAAUUUUGAUAGACCAUCUUCCAAGCUUGGAUCAGCUAAUCCUAUUCGUACUGAAAUUUGCAGGGAAGUGGCAACAGAACCAUCCUCAGAAAUGUUCCAGGCAGGUGCCGUUACUGUAGAAGAAUUAUCAAAAGAUACACCUGCUAGUGAGACUGAAGUUGGGUCUUCCAUCACUGCAGACAGUUCAACCAAUUCGGUUCUUGACCAACAGGCCGAGGGUGUGGACGAGGCAGCACAGCCAUGGCAAUUGUAUACCUUUAUGGCACUAGCGGUUCUACUGCUUUCAAUGUUAGCAACAUAUUUGCUUAACAAGACACACAGUCCUUGA